CCUUCGAAGCCAAGUGCGUUGGUUGCCUUUGGGAGCUCAUUCAUUGUUCCGCCGAGCCUCCAGCAGAUCGAUCGUCCAGCAGCCCAACGAUGGCCAACGACAACAAGCAGCCACCUGUCCCCGGCCUCGACGGAGAGCCGCUGCUGCCCGCGGAUGUUCACGACAUUACUGAGGAAGGCUCGGACAUGACGCGGGACAUCUUCUUCGCCAUCCUCAAGGAGACGCAGGACGGACCCCCGCGUCCGAAGUCACUGCCGGAUCAGAGCGAUAUAUUACACGAGGAUAUCGGCAAGGCAUCGGACAUUGCGCAGCCCGGAGGAUUCCGCCGCGACCACGUGAUCACCAAUUUGGGAGGCAACAGUCCACACGUACCAUCAUACGUGCAGGACUCGUUCCUUGAGUCCAUCCAACCCACGCCAGGCUUCCUAGAAUCCGCAUACGGAGACUUCAUCGUCGCCAAUCUGGGCCUUGCAGACGACGACGACACGGAUGAGACUGCGACGCCGCUGUUGAGUCGCGCAUGGAAGCGAAGGCCCGAGAAGCAGCAACCUGGUGCCACCGUCGGCAAAACCGUCUUCACGAUCCUCAAGUCAUUUAUUGGCAGUGGCAUCCUGUUCCUGCCCAAGGGUUUCCAGAACGGCGGCAUGCUCUUCUCGUUGGCUGCAUUAUGUGCUUCAGCCAUCUUGUCUACCUUCUGUAUGCUACGUCUGACGGACUGUUCCAACGUGUUGCUCCGCGGUGGUCGCACCAACGUGUCGUACGGUCUUGUGGGUGAAAAGGCCUUCGGUAAAGUAGGCCGCGUGGCUGUGAACAUCUCGCUCGUGCUCUCGCAGAUUGGAUUCUGUUGCUCGUACUUGAUCUUCGUGGAGAAAAACAUCGGAGAGGUCAUCUUAGCCGCCUUCGGUAUCCAGAGAACCACGGCGUCGUCAUCAUUGACGCUCAUCAUGCUCCAGAUCUUGUUGUACACGCCGCUGUCGUGGGUGCGUCGCAUCGAAUACUUCGCGCUUACGAACCUGUUCGCAGAUCUGCUUAUCCUGUUUGGCAUCGUCUACAUCAUCUCUUAUACGGUGCACACGCUGGAUGACGCGCCAGUUGGCAGUGCGACGUGGGAAAACUUCAAUUCGACGAGCUGGGCCAUGCUGCUGGGCACAGCUGUCUACUGCUUCGAAGGCAUUGGACUAGUACUCCCAAUCUACGACGCUAUGGACGAUGAUAUCAAGCACAAGUUCCCGCGGAUCGUCUCUUUGACCAUGCUGUUCCUCGUGACGCUCUUCUCGGUGUUUGCUGGACUUGUGUACGCCGCGUUUGGCCAGGAGACGCAGUCCGUCGUCACUCUCAACCUUCCCAGCGCCCAAGACAGUAUUGCUACCAUGUCUGUACAGCUCACGUACUCGCUCGCGCUUGUGUUCACGUACCCGCUCAUGUUGUACCCGGUGGUGAAGAUCUUAGAAGGUUAUCUGUUCCCUCACCACAGCCAGAAAGGAUAUUGGCGCUGGGAGAAGAAUGGCUUCCGAUUUGCGCUUGUGUGCCUUACUGCUACUAUCGCGUACUUCGGCAAAGAGGAGCUGGACAACUUUGUGGCGCUUAUUGGAGGCUUCUGCUCUGUGCCGCUGGCCUUCAUCUACCCGUGUCUGUUCCACUCGAAGCUGGUGAAUGACGGUCGUGCCUUAAACAACGCCGUCAUUGCACUGGGUAUCUUCACCAUGAUCUUCGCAACAUACCAGGCGGUGUCGACAUGGAACUAGAGCAAGCAGCAGACUUGUAGGGGGCUUCUUCUUAGAUUAAAGCUCGCAAGUGCUGCCGUUUAGUCGUGAGGAGUCUUACACUCGUCAAUGUCAUGAAGAAAUUCACGAACGGCUAUGCCGUUUCUUCGGCUUCUUGUUGCUCUUUCGGUCACG